AUGAUAGUCCGGGGCUUUUCGAGGAGCGCCUCGAGGCUAAGGCCAACCUUGUCAACAUCGCGUGCCCCCGUCCGAACACACACUCGACCCCAAUGCCGCUCAUUUACGGGCUCGUCCACUGCGGGAGCUGCGGCAGGGCCGGCGACUAAUAGCCCGACGACCAUGGCCGGCUUGCUGGCACCCUUCACGACCGAGCUCGACAAGAUUGCACCUUCUUUUCGGAUACACGGCUCGCAGAUACGCAUCCUGCAGACUCCUGCAGAGUUUUACGAGACGCUCAAGGACAAGAUUCGGCACGCAGAGCGCCGCAUCUUCUUGUCCACUUUGUACAUUGGCAAAUCUGAGAAAGAGCUGAUUGCUACACUACAAGAGGCAUUGCGGGCAAAGCCAGAGCUCAAGAUUAGCAUCCUCACAGAUGCUCUGCGUGGCAGUCGCGAGGCGCCGGAGCCUUGCUCUGCGUCGCUUCUAGCGCCCCUCGUGACCGAGUUUGGGGCUGAGCGCGUCGAAAUCAGGAUGUACCACACGCCGAACCUGACGGGACUGCGGAAGAAAUAUAUACCUAAGCGGAUCAACGAGGGUUGGGGGCUGCAGCAUAUGAAGCUGUACGGUUUUGAUGACGAGAUUAUCAUGUCAGGGGCAAACUUGUCAAACGACUAUUUCACAAAUCGCCAGGACAGGUAUCACUUGUUCUCUUCCAAAGAAAUCACCGAGUAUUUCUGGGGUCUACAGAGGGCGGUGGGCUCUUUGAGCUUUCUUGUGCAGCCGUCUACAGAGUCACCCUCUGGUUUUGAGAUGACAUGGCCCGGAAGCAAUCUUGCGCCUUCUCCUCUCGAAGAACCAGACAAGUUUGUGGCAAAGUCAACAACACUGAUCAAAGACCUCAUCUCGAUGAAGUCCGCCAAAUCAAACGCAGGCUCUGGUGACGAAGGCAGACAGACCGACACCUCGGUGUACCCAUUGACCCAGAUGUCUCAGCUCAUGAAACCCGAUGCAUCGACAGAGCUGCCGGCAGUGACGCACAUCCUCUCCCAGUUGGCGUCGCCUGCUCUGGCCGGCUCGUCAUGGACGUUCACAGCCGGUUAUUUCAACCCAGCACCCUCGCUCACCAAGCUACUACUCUCGGCGGCCCCUGGAGGCACCGGAACGGUGAUUACGGCGUCUCCUUACGCAAACGGGUUCUUCCGCUCUCGUGGUGUCUCAGGGAUGUUGCCGGACGCAUAUAGCCUCCUAGCACGGCGAUUCCUGGACCAAGCCGAACGCCGCAAGGGCGGACAAGUUGUCGUGCUCAAGGAGUGGCGACGCGGCACAUCCGGCGAGCCAGACGGCUGGACGUACCACGCCAAGGGGCUGUGGGUGACGUUGCCAGGUGGUCAGGACAUAGGCCCAUCCCUGACUAUGGUGGGCAGCUCCAACUAUACAAAGCGCAGUUAUAGCCUUGACCUUGAGGCCAACGCGAUGAUUGUGACCACAAACGAUGGCCUCAGGAGGAGGCUGGCGGACGAGCAGCGAUGGUUGCAAGACUACGCCGCACCGGUCACGAUUGAUGACUUUGCAAAGACGGAAAGGAGGGUUAGUUUGAAGGUGCGGAUUUCUAUGUGGAUCGUGUCCUUGGUAGGUGGUGCCUUGUAA